AUGGCCGCUACCGCUACACAUUCCGGUAGCCAGGAGGGAGACCUCCUCCGACCCAGGCCGACGAGAGCCUUGCAAGAGGCCCUACGUGCCGCCGGCCAGCCUCCCAACGGCUUUACUGAUGCCGGCUCUGGCAUCUCAAGUGGGCGUUCGACACCCGUCCCUCAAGAUGCCCCCCCAUCCGCUCACUACAUCUCUACGGCGCGAAAACAUGCUCGAGCCAAAGCGAAGCAUCGCAUGUUCCAUACCAUCAACUACACCGACCGAGUGUCUUACUUUGACCCCCGAAGCGACUACCGCGACUUCCGAGGCUUUUUUGUCUUGUUUUGGAUCAGCCUGUCCAUCAUGGUCAUCACGACGGGGUUGCGAAACAUUCAAGAAACAGGCCAUCCACUGCGAGUAGAGGUCUACUCCCUGCUAUCAAGAAACGUCGUUUCCCUGGGAUUGGCUGACGCCGCUAUGGUCGCGAGCACUGUGUUGUGCUUGUAUUUUCAGAAGUUCAUUCGGGGGCAGACUGGAAUCCUCCGCUGGGGAAGAGCUGGAAUUUGGAUACAAAGCAUCUACCAGGGUCUUUGGCUGUUGUUCUGGGUGGAGCUGCCCUUCUUUCUGGGCUGGACGUGGACGGCCCAGGUCUUCUUUGCGCUUCACACUCUGACGUUCCUGAUGAAGAUGCAUUCAUAUGCCUUCUACAACGGUCAUUUAAGUGAGACCGAACGCCGCCUACAGGAAUUGGACAAGCCCGAAACGGCAGACAUGGCAAAAGCAGUCAAAUAUCCCAGCUCGCCAUCGCGCCUGCAAGAGGUGGAUGCAGACAGCUCGACCGACGACGAAUCGUUGGAGGGACUCGUUCAGCUUCGUCAAGACCUGGCCACAGAAUUGACCUCUCCGCUGGGGCAAGUCACCUACCCGCAAAACCUGACGCUCUCCAACUACGUCGAUUAUAUUCUGUGUCCGACUUUGUGCUAUGAGCUCGAAUACCCUCGGACAGCCAAGAUACGUUGGAUGGAGUUGUUCUACAAGACGCUCGCGGUUUUCGGUUGCAUCUUCCUGAUGAUCACCAUCAGCGAGGAGUUUAUCACGCCGGUCCUAAACGAUUCGGCCAUCCGGCUACGCCAUGUCACUUUCUUUUCAGACCGGGCACUGAUUCUGGCCGAGACCACCAGUCUCAUGCUGUUCCCGUUCAUGAUCACCUUCCUUUUGGUGUUCCUGGUCAUAUGGGAAUACAUUUUGGGCGCCUUCGCCGAGAUUACCUGCUUUGCCGAUCGGCACUUUUACUCGGAUUGGUGGAACAGUAGCGACUGGCUCGAAUUCUCGCGGGAAUGGAACAUCCCGGUAUACCACUUCCUGCGGCGACACGUCUUUUUCGCCUCCAAGACAUAUUUCUCCACCUCGAUCGCCAUGGUCAUCACUUUCCUGGUGAGUGCGCUCGGCCACGAGCUGAUCAUGGGUUGUAUCACCAAGAAACUGCGUGGCUAUGGCUUUGCUGCCAUGAUGCUCCAAUUGCCUAUUGUGGCACUUCAGCGCAGCAAAUACAUUCGAGGCCGUUGGGUCUUCAACAAUGCCACCUUCUGGAGUAGCAUGAUCCUGGGCCUCAGCUUUAUGUGCAGUCUGUAUGUUUUGGUUUGA